AUGGGGUUUCUCAAGUCUGUGGGCAUGCUUGGCUUGGCCGCUUCUCCUCAAGUCUACGCCAAGCAGCGACGGAUCGAUUGCAAUCUAUUGAAGGAUAAACUGGACAUCGCCAACGCAACUGUAUGGUUUACUGAACAUGUACCCGCGGGAACCAAUCUAUCUCUAAUCGAAAAUCAUCCAUCCUGCCGUGUAGCCAGCCAAGUCAUUGAGGUCGACAUCUGCCGUGUGGCCAUGUUGGUUGAAACGAGCUCCGCCAGCAACAUCUCUAUGGAGGCGUGGUUGCCAUUUGACUGGACCGGUCGAUUCCUGAGCACCGGCAAUGGUGGUUUGGGUGGUUGUAUCGAUUACGCUGCGCUGGCGUACAGCACAACCCAUGGAUUUGCGUCCGUUGGUGCAAACAACGGACACAAUGGCACGUCCGGCGCCGCCUUCUACAAAAACCCCGCCGUCCUCGAGGACUUUGCAUACAGAAGUGUCCACACAGGGGUCGUUGUAGGCAAGCAAGUGACCAAGGCAUUUUACCACAAGGCGCAUACCAAGUCCUAUUACCUCGGCUGCUCUACUGGGGGGCGCCAGGGCUUUAAAGAAGCACAAGACUUUCCCGAUGACUUUGAUGGAAUUAUUGCUGGCGCCCCGGCUUUUGACUUUAACAACCUGGUCGCCUGGGCGGCACGUUUCAUCGCCAUAACUGGUGUCCCUGGAUCACCGGAUUCCAUCUCACAGGAUAUGUGGCAGGUGAUUCGACAAGACAUCCUGAAUCAAUGUGAUGAUCUUGAUGGCGCUGUCGAUGGCAUUGUGGGGAGUCCGAGUCUGUGCCAAUAUCGCCCAGAGGCACUCAUAUGCGCGAGCAAUCAGACUCAGAACUGUCUGACGGGACGCCAAGCACAGAAGAUCAGGGACUUCUUCUCACCCCUCUACGGACUCGAUGGCAUCUUACUCUAUCCCAGAAUGCAUCCCAGCGUGGGUGUGAGCCCUUUCGUUUUGGGUCUUCCAUUCGAUAUAAGUACCGAGUGGUUCAAGUACGUCGUACACGAAGACCCAAGCUGGGACCCGGUGACCAUAAACGCCGAGGAUUUCGCAAAAGCGACUCUGUUGGAUCCCUUUGGAAUUGCUACUUGGAAAGGUGACAUGUCGGGUGCAAUGAACAGGGGCACGAAAAUCCUAUCCUAUCAUGGUCUAGAGGAUGGGAUGAUUAGUAGCGAGAGCUCAACUCGGUACUACGAUCAUGUCUCGCGAACCAUGGGGCUACCCUCAAGUGCUCUGGAUACUUUCUACAGGCUCUUCACUAUCCCUGGCAUGAACCAUUGUCGUGGAGGCCCGGGAGCAACCUAUAUCGGCAAUUUCGGAAAUACUGCUGUCGAUUUUACGCCUGAAAGAAACGUACUAGCCGCCAUAGUUCGCUGGGUUGAAAAGGACAUUGCCCCCGAUACAAUCCUUGGUACAGCCUACGUCAACGGUACGCACAAGUCGGGAGAGAUCGCAUUCGAGCGCCAUCACUGUCGAUAUCCUUUUAGAAGCGUCUACAGCGGCGACGGCGAUCCAGAUCUCCCUGAGAACAGGAAAUGUAUCUAA